AUAUAUAUAUAAUUCACAAACACAUAUAUACCUGAUUUGCUUGGUCUUCACUCAUCCCCAGCAAAUAUUGAGUCCAUUUCAAUUUGCUUUUAAAUAACAUAUUGCUUGUGAUCAAUCUAAACAUGUAAACCAAUCAACAACAAGGGAACGUAUCAACCAAUCAGCGAGUAGUUUGAUCAUCAGCUAAAUUGUUUCAUGUUACAUAUUAAGCGACCAAUGGAUUCAUUGGACAAAUAAACCAUCUUAAAAUAGUAAUUUACUAUUUUCCUAUUUAAAAUUUUCCUUUUCACCUAUGACUACUUAAACUACUUAUAAUUCACCAAAAACCUAUUUAGACAUAUACAUAUCAUGUUGAUUUAUUCGGAAUUACUACCUAAUUAUAUGUUGAAAGAUAAUCCAUCAAAAUAUGAUUAUUUGAAUAAUGCAAAAGAAAAACGAUUACCUAGGUUUGCUUUAUCAGAAAAAAAUAAAAAUCGACAACUAUAUGAAAAUCAAAUUAAUUUCACUCCUAAAUCUCAUAUUUUCACAAUGAAUUCAUCACAAAUUACAACAAUGAUACAUUCAUAUCGUUUGCCAAUGUUUCCUACAUUAUUACCAAAAUUAGAAACAAAUCAAAAUUAUUAUAAUUUAGAAGAAAAUCAAUAUAAUAAUGAUAAUAAUAUUGAUGAUAGUGAUUCAUAUAAAUCACAUAUUACAUUAGAAUCAAUAACUAAUAAUUCAAAUAAAAUAAUUCAAUUAAAAAAUAUUCAAUCAAUCAAUAAUUAUUUAUUACCAAAAUAUGAAAUAAUCAAUAAAAAAGAAAAAAAUAAUUUUGAAAAGAAAAUAAAUAAUAAAGAAAAAUGUAAGUUGAUGAAAAAUGAAGAAAUACAAAAUAUAAAUGAUUGGGGAUUUGAUCAAAUUAAAACAAAAAAUAAUCUUUCUAUUCGUAUUAAACAUAUUAAUGAAUUAUUUUGUGAAGUAUCUAGGAAAAUGUACUGUUUAAGCGAAGAAAACGGAUCAUUAAUGAAUAAUUUAUUCAAAGCAACAGAACAUUUAAAAUAUUUAAAAAACAUUUUAAAUAAUGGUCAAGAGCAUCGUUCAACAUUUCAAUAUAAUUAUCAAAUUGAUUCAGUUAAUCGAAUUGAAAAUUCAUCCCAUAAACCUAACAACUGUUAUUCUCCAACUAGACAUUGUAUUUCUCCUCAUCAAAUUAUUAAUGAUGAUUUCAAUAUUCAUAGAUUAAAACUAAAAACUGGAAGUUUACAUGAAAAUUUAUUUUCAUUUUCUCAACCAAACUUAAAUCAAGAUAUCAAUGACUGUAAUCUUUCAGAGAAAUAUAAUACUGACAAUGGUACUCAUAUGGAUCAUUAUCAGUAUCAUAAUAAUAAUAAUAAUAAUAAUAAUAAUAAUAAUAAUAAUAGUGAUAACAAUAAAUGUAAUAAAUACACAGAGAAGACACGUUUGGAUAUAUAUAAAACAAAAGUCAUGAACACUAAUGAACAUUAUGUACAGAAGAUCGGUGACAAAUUACUUCAGCAUUCACAAACUAGUAGAAUUUCGCAAAUAUUUACCAAAGCAAAUCACUUUUCAACGAUCAAUUUGACAACUUCAUUAUUUCGUAGUGCUUCGAAGGAAAGAUCUAAAAGAAGACUUAUAUAAUCACAAUUUAAUUUUUUUAAUCUUUUUAAUUUUUCCUCUUUCCAUUGUAACUGUUUCCACUUUUUUCCUACUUAAAGUAUAAACAUUGGAGUUCUUAGUAGACUUAAGUUAAUAAUUCGAGGUAACUAUAGUCGACUCAUAAAACUGUUGAGAGAAUGUCGUUCGGAAGAGAACAAUAUUUUUUGGUGGCUUCAAAUAGAAAGUUCAAAUAGGAGACUGUAAAAACAAAAGCGAAUAAUAUGUUCUGUUUAAACUAUUUAUUACUUCAUGUAAAAAUGAGAAGAAAUUUUUGUACGAAUUUCGCAUUUCUUUGUCUCAAACAUUGCUCGAUUUCUGAUUGUAAACACAUGAAAGUGAAAAUAACAACACUUGUUGCAACCUAUUUCACUUUUUACGAUAUAAUUCAUUCAAAUAAUUAUAAUUUAAUAGGAUUUUGGCUGAUCGUAAAAGUUAGGUGAUUUAAAUAGAUACCCAGUUUAUAGUACAAAUUAUCAACUAAUAGUAACAAUGUAAUCUGAUUAACAAGUACCAGGGAUACUAUCUGAUUAAGUAAAUGAGCGAUAGGGUUCGAACCUACAACCUGUCGGUUGAUAUCUAAGGGCCUUAAACAAUGAGAUAAGUAAUAGUAGUUAGUUUUAUGACAGGAUAAUCGAUUCGAUACAAUAACUGGAUAAUUUGGAUGAUCAAACUGAUAAUUUACUGCCAAAAUCGACAUUAGCUACUCCAUGAGGACAGCAAGACUGUAUCAUGUUAUAAAGUAGAUUAUCAAAAGAUAAUGUGAUUGGACUAAAGGUUAUAUCUAUGGGUUAUAUCUAGUUCUUCUCUUCAGUAGGAAACUUUCAAUUCUGAUCAAUAAGCAAAUCCUCAAUAACUUUUACGGUGCCAGUAUACUCCAAGUAUCACAAAAAGGUUUCGUAGUGGUCUAGAAGUUAAAGGGAAGGGC